CUUUUAUUCUUCUAGCCCUUCUCUUCUUAUUUCAAGCAUUUGGGUUUUCUAUUAAGAGAGAGAGAGAGAGAGGGCAGAGGAAGAGGAAGCUCAGCUACAGCUAAUUGCACUUGAGAGACCAAGCAAACCGAUUAUAUCCAUGACAUUGCAUUUUCUAUAGGAACCCUUCUUCUCUCCGCCUCUUAUUUCACCACUUAUAUAGUUUUGGGUUGGUGUGUCUUAGAGCUUACAUGGCUUCCAUAGGCAAGGCCAAAUCUGCUUUGGCAUUGGUUGGUAGGGUCAUAAACGAGGCUGUGAGCUUCAUUGUGUUCUCAGUUCUAGACCUUGUGGAUUUCCUCCUCUGUUUUCUGUACAGAGUUGCUGAUUUUUUCAUUGAGGCUGAAUGGAAGCCUUGCUAUUGCUCCUCAUCCAAAGAAGCCAUUACUAGCAGUGGCAAAAUCUUGGUCUCUGAGCAAGGUGAGUCUAAAAUUGUGUGCCUUAGCUCCACCAAGCUGCAACUUGAGGAGAUCUCUGACACUCUCUACACAAGGCCUUCCCUCUUGUCUGAGGUCUCAAAGCUGACCAUGAAGGAGACCAAGAAAGGGACUGUGAGAUCCACUUUCACUGUCAACUCCACCAUUGUUGAAAUGCUUCAAGGCAAGAUUGGAGGCCAACAAUGCCAUCCAAUCCCAAGGUGGUCUGAUUGUGAUUGUAAAUUUUGUACCUCUUGGACCUCUAAUAGCAAAGAAACCCUCUAUGUUAGAACAGAGGGACCCAAAGAUUAUAAGGCACAAGAAGAUGUGCUUUUCAUACAUGGGUUUAUUUCAUCAUCAGCAUUCUGGACUGAAACAUUGUUCCCCAACUUUUCAAGUGCUGCAAAAUCAAAUUUUAGGCUUUUUGCUAUUGAUCUGUUGGGGUUUGGGAGGAGCCCAAAGCCAACUGACUCCAUGUACACCCUCAGAGAGCAUUUGGAGAUGAUAGAAAGAUCUGUGCUUGAACCCAACAAAGUUAAAUCCUUCCACAUUGUGGCUCAUUCUUUGGGUUGCAUUUUGGCCCUUGCUCUUGCUGUUAAACACCCUCUCUCCAUUAAGUCCCUCACCUUACUUGCACCUCCAUAUUACCCUAUACCAAAGGGAGAACAAGCAACACAAUAUGUGAUGAGAAGGGUGGCUCCAAGGCGGGUGUGGCCUGUGAUUGCCUUUGGUGCCUCCAUUGCUUGCUGGUACGAGCACAUCUCAAGGACUAUUUGUUUGCUGAUUUGCAAGAACCACCGAAUUGUGGAAUUUCUUACCAAACUUGUCACAAGAAACAGGAUCAGAACUUUCUUGUAUGAAGGGUUCUUCUGCCACACUCACAACGCAGCAUGGCACACACUGCACAACAUUAUAUGUGGCACAGCCGGCAAGAUGGAUAAAUACUUAGACGUUGUGAGAGACCAUCUAAAAUGUGAUGUGAAUGUGUUUCACGGCAAAGACGACGAGCUAAUCCCAGUAGAGUGCAGCUACAAUGUGCAGUCGAAAAUCCCUCGGGCUCGCGUGAAGGUGAUCGAGAAGAAAGAUCACAUCACCAUUGUGGUUGGGAGGCAGAAGGCGUUUGCUAGAGAGCUUGAGAAGAUUUGGAGAAAUUCAUCAAAAAGUGGUUAAGAAAAAUAUAAGACCUCUUCAAGUCAAGUCGAUGUGAUAUGCAUAUGUUAGUUUUCGAAAUUAGCAGAGAGGGGUAGGGGGGUCGAGAGGUGGAUAUAUAAAAGUAGCCUGAGAAAAAUGAGAUAAUGGGAGGCUAUAAUUUUCUUCCUCUUCAACUGUCCAAGUCUCAGAUGGCGCUUAAUCAGCUAUAGCCAUAGCUAGACCUUGUGGAAAUUGUUCCCUGUGUAUUGUUGUUGGGUUUGUCAAAUGCCCUAAGACCUAAGUCAUAAAAUGUCACGUUAAUGAUAUGAUAAAGAUAAGAUGAAAUUCAGUAAAAAUCCUUAUUGUUUUUA